AUACCCAGCUCAUGGUUGGCUUCGCUCUGGUUCUAUUGAGGAACACAGUUCACUCAGUGAUUUUCGUAGCAACGUUCUAAAUAUUGAAGUAUUAUUCCCUCCAAACUUUUGGUGGAACUUUUAACCGAAAUAUACUCAAUCGCAGGCUAAUCAGGAAUAAAGAGAAUACAGUCCUUAAAUGUUUUUAUGUGACAUGACUACUUGCAAGGAGGACUCCUGGAAUUUAAAGGCAGAGAAACAGAGGUGCAGAGGACCUGUUGCGCUUUCCUGGCUCCUCCCUCUUCCCCACCAGCUCUUCCUAUCUGCAUGCUCUGUGUGCUGCAGAUUCUGCUCCCUUUGUGUUGCCUCCUGAGUCCCAAGCAGCACAUUCCCAGCGGUGCUGGCAGUCUCUGGGACAGGAGGCUGCUCCUUUUCCUCACGGCACUCCCAGGCAGUGCACUCCCUCCUGGAAGGGUUGCAUUGGGAAGGGGAUGCUCCAUGAGCUCUCUUGACAUGUGCCAUCCUUCACCUUGGCACCGACCUUCCUGAUGCAUCCACGUGUUUUUUGUCUUCAUCACUUAUAUUUCUUUGCAGGGAUGAAGGCAGAAAGCUUCCUGGGGUUGCUGGUGAUCCUCAGCCUGUUCCAGGCAUCUUCUUCUUACGAUGUGCGGCUGCAGCUGUCGGACACGUCCCUGCUGAGCAGCGUGGCCGAGGCCCGGCAGCUGGUGGAUGCCGCCUACAAGCGCACACGGGACAGCAUAAAGAAGAACCUGCAGAACAACGCCUUGACCCCAGCAGAGCUCCUGAGAUAUUUCAAGCAGCCAGUGGAGGGAACACGAGUGGCUGCCCGGGCUGCAGAUUAUCUGCAGACCACCCUAAGCCUGCUCAAAGAGAGGCUGCGGUGGGCUGUGAGGGGAGACUUCAACGUCACAGACUUCCUGACUCCAGCUCAGGUGGGGGUGAUUUUCAAGGCUACUGGAUGUGACCAGCAGGAUAAGAAAAUAAAGUGUACAUCUUCUGGCUACAGAACCAUCACUGGCGAGUGCAACAACAGGAGGAACCCAUCCCUAGGAGCCUCCAACAGAGCCCUGGCCAGGUGGCUGCCAGCAGAAUAUGAGGAUGGCGUGUCCGUGCCCCGUGGGUGGACAGAAGGAAAACGUUUCUCUGGAUUCCCCCUUCCACUGGUCCGACAAGUGUCCAACGAGAUUGUUCGCUUCCCCCCGGAGCAGCUGCAGAUGGAUCAGCAGAGAUCCCUCAUGUUCAUGCAGUGGGGCCAGUUUAUUGACCAUGACCUGGAUUUCAGCCCAGAAACCCCAGCCAGAGUCCCGUUCAGGGGUGAGGCAGACUGUGACACCAGCUGUGCCAAGGAGCCUCCCUGCUUUCCCAUCCAGAUCCCACCUAACGACCCCCGAAUCACCAACAGGAGGGAUUGCCUCCCUUUCUUCCGCUCAGCUGCCAGCUGCACGCGGGGCAGGGCGGUUCGGGAGCAGAUCAACGCGCUGACCUCGUUCCUGGAUGGCAGCGUCGUGUACGGCAGCGAGGUGGCCGUGGCCGAGCGGCUGCGGGAUCGCAGCAGCCAGAGGGGCCUCCUGGCUGUGAACCACAACUUCACGGACAGGGGCAGGGCGUACAUGCCCUUCGGUCCCAUGAGGAAGGAGCCCUGCCUCAAGGCCAGUGGGGCAGCUCAAAUCCCUUGUUUUCUUGCAGGUGACACCCGUGCGAGUGAGAUGCUGGAGCUGGCCUGCAUGCACACUCUCUUUGUGCGGGAGCACAACCGCCUGGCUGGAAAGCUGAGGAGCCUCAAUCCCCACUGGAAUGAUGAGAGGCUCUACCAGGAGGCACGAAAGAUCCUGGGAGCCAUGAUCCAGAUCAUAACCUACAGGGACUACCUGCCUCUCCUGCUGGGAUGCAGGUUCCACAGGCUCAUUCCUCACUAUCGGGGCUACAACGAGUCUGUGGAUUCUCGGAUAUCCAAUGUUUUCACCUUGGCUUUUCGCUUUGCUCACGCCUCAGUCCCUCCAACUGUUGGCCGCUUAGAUGAAUAUUACAGACCCAUAACUCCUGAAAUUCAACUCAGAACCUCCUUCUUUGCUGUCUGGAGGAUCAUUCAAGAAGGUGGGAUUGAUCCCUAUCUCCGGAGCCUCAUGGCCAGCCAGGCCAAGCUGAUGACGCAGCAGCAGAUGUUGGUGGGCGAGCUCCGGGACAGGCUCUUUGAGCAGCUUGAAAGGAUUGGGUUUGAUUUAGCUGCACUCAACAUGCAGCGCAGUCGAGAUCACGGCCUUCCAGGUUACAACUCCUGGAGAAAAUUCUGUGGGCUCUCACAGCCAUCUGGAGUGAAGUCACUUGGUCAAGUGUUGAGGAAUCAGAACCUGGCAAGGAAGUUCCUGCAGCUCUAUGGGACACCGAAGAACAUUGACAUCUGGAUUGGGGCCCUUGCAGAGCCCUUUGUGAAAGGAGGCCGAGUUGGGCCUCUCAUGGCUUGUCUCAUUGGCACCCAGUUCAGGAACAUCCGUGAUGGGGAUAGGUUUUGGUGGCAGAACCCUGGAGUUUUCACUCCUCGCCAGCGCCUUUCACUGGCCAAAAUCUCCUUGUCACGAAUAAUAUGUGACAAUACCCACAUCACUAAAGUAUCAAGGAAUAUCUUUUGGGCUAACACAUACCCCCGUGGCUUUGUGAGCUGCAGUCAGAUCCCAAAGCUGGACCUGAGACCCUGGAAGUCAAAGAGCACUGAGGACUUGAUUUGCAUGAAGCCUUUACAGUGGGAUGGAGCCCAGGAGUAAAAGAACUUGAUGAAGAGAUAUCCCAGAUCCAUAAAAUCACUCAGUAUCACAAAGCCAAGUGAAAUGAGUUUUCCAGAGGCUGAUCCCAAAUCACACCAACUGCUGGCUUAGGCCAUGGAACCACAUAAUUCUUCACCAAGAUUUAGUGUCAAGCAUGUGUUUUGGACCUUCCUUUUAAAUUUUUCAACCCCCACAGAAUUAUCCAGGGCAUUGGAAUAGGUAGUUGGUUUUUGCUCUCCAAUUUUUUUGUUUGAAAGAAAUAAAUCCUUCGAUUUCCAGAGAAAAUAUACUAAUGACAGGAUUCCUCCAAGAGAAUAAGAAAUAGUUGUCCUGCACCCCAAACAUACUGUCCUAAAAUGCCCUGUGUCAGAUUUUGCUCCAAUAUGGAAGGAAGGAAGGAAUGUGCCACAUGGAUGAGAGUUUUCUCACUGUUAUUUCCCAUAGUCCAGAACGCCCAAAACAUCCUCUGUUCUGUUCUGUAACAGAAACCUGUGACGAGUUAUUCCUGAAGCCUGGCAUGAGCCAGUGACUCAGCACUGGCCUGUAGGGCUGGUGGCAUGUGGCCUGGCAAGGAUCAGAACAAUUUCAACAUAUAAGAUAGUAAAAGCUAUUCUGGUUUCAAUCCAGCUUUUUCCAUUUUAUUGAAAGUUAUCAAACCCACUUUCUCCUCCCUCUGUAGCCUGCUAUAUUUCUGUUAUUGCUUAAUAAAUUGCAAUUUUGGGCUGAGGCCAAGAUGUUCUUUUCAUUUCAUAAGAGGUGCAGCAACCACACAUGAGUGCAGGAGGGUGGUAGGCUUUCUGUGGGAAUAUUGGGAAAAGGCAGUUCCAGAAGCUUUGUGUUGUUAAUGAAAGAAGGUAUUUCUUGUUGAAGCUUCUGACCCCAACUCCUGUGUGAUACAGAAAGUCAGCACUGACUGGGAGGUAUUGAUUGGGGUGUCCCAGCCUCUCCAGCUCUGGUUUGCUACUCCUGGUUGUGUAUGGUGACCUAGUCCCGUGUCUGUUCAGCCCCCUGGGGAAAGAGUAUUACCUGUUGACUUCAGCAGUUCCCCUCUGAGAGAGGAUCUGACUGGCUCAAAAUCACCCACAAACCCUCUAUGUGCACUGAGCACAGACAGCUGAUUUUCUCUUUUUA